UCAAUUGUGCAAAAAUACACACAUCAACCAACUUUUAAUCACUUUAUCCUCCUAUUUCCUUCAAAAUUAAUUAAAAUCAAACAAAAACCAAAAUGGUGUCUAAAACAAUAGACCACUAUCCAGCAAGUCUUAAACCACCGUUCUACCACGCAUGUCCACCUUUAAAACUCGGUUUAAAACACGUAGACAAUCGAGAAUACUUCAACACAUAUCGCAAUGAUCACCUAUCCAAGUUUCAAAUGCCGCAAUACAAUUGGGGCUACAUCGAAUCAAUGUACAUGCCUAAACCAGACAGUCGAAUACAACGCGACUUAGGAAAGUAUCUCCAGUUACCUAAACCAGAAUACACAAUGUUAGACGCCGAAAGAAUGGAAGAAAUCGAUUCGUUUUAUAAAGUCGCACAACUACAACGCGCAAAACUAAAAGACGUAACUGGCGCUUUACAUCCGAUGGCAUACUUCAAAUCCAGCCAUUAUUUAUAUCAAUGUGCACCAGAUCCAACUAGCACAUAUUUCCUAUUUCCGCACUCCUACACGAAAUAUCGUGAUCCUCUGGUGUUGCCAAUAACACUAGAAAGAACAAAUCGAAGCCCAAUGCUGCCAACACGCGCAUUAACAGGAAAAUACUCGCCGCAAAGCGAUAUAACAUACAAAAAGUAACAAUUUCUCCCCAAACGCUUAAAAUCAUCAUCUGUAUCAUAUCAAAUCUCAUUUAUUUAAAAUAUAUUGUAUCUACUGAC